UAGUAUGUAAAGAGUGGUAGGUAGUAGUAUCACAUUCUAAUCUGUAUCUCUGAGUGUAAGUUCGAUACUUGUCACAAUCUUCGUGCUCUCCGCCUCUUUCCCUCUCUUCCAUUUUCUGCGAUCUCAGAUUGAGUGAGAUCUCUCACUUUCUCUCUCUAAACUGUUAUAUAUCUAUUUCUCUUCCGGUCCCUCAAUGGCUUCUGUUACUGGAUCGUCCAUGUCCAUGACCACUCUCUCAUACUCGCUCAAACAAAAUCAGGCACUUACCCGAAUUUCCAAUUUCAAUUCGGUUUCCCUUUCUGUUAAAGAGAAAUGCUUCCCAUCGCUGAGGCUGUCACGCUUCCGGGUUUGUUGUGCGGCAAAACCAGAGACGGUGAACAAAGUGUGUGAAAUAGUGAGGAAACAGCUUGCACUACCAGCUGAUUCUGCAGUAACCGGAGAGUCAAAGUUUGUUUCCCUUGGGGCUGAUUCUCUUGACACGGUUGAGAUUGUGAUGGGACUCGAGGAGGAAUUCGGAAUCAGUGUGGAAGAAGAAAGCGCCCAGUCUAUUACCACCGUCCAGGAUGCAGCUGAUCUGAUCGAGAAGCUCAUUGAGAAGAAGGCAUAAAAUGCUGCGAGUGGAAAAUUCAUCAAGUUACUCAUUUGCCUGCUGCUCAUGGAGCUUCCAGCUUUUGUCAAUGUUAUGAACUUACCAGUGUUCCCUCAGUGCCCUAAUUUAAUUGAGUGGAAUACUGAAGCUCAUGUAGUUUUGUUUCUAGUUUGGCUUGUUUCACUAAACUUUAGUUUGAAUUGAGUACUGAAGAUAAUGAAGUUUUGUAUCUGGGGACAUGAGUUUGAAUCUAUCUAAAAAUUACAUUUGAUCUUUUUUUUCACCUA